AUGUGGACAUCGCCAGACCUUAGAAACUGGUCACCAAGUGUCCAGAUGCGCUUGAAGAUGAGUACUGGCGAGCUGACAAAUCUCAUCAAGGGAAAUCUGCUUCCCUCUGCUCUCCUCUGGAUAACUACCCGACCUGCAGCKGCCAAUAAGAUCCCUUCAGGUUUUGUUGACCAGGUGACAGAGGUACAAGGCUUCAAUGACCCACAGAAGGAAGAGUACUUCAGGAAGAGAUUCAUCCUUGAACACAUGCUGAAACAUAAGAGAGAAGAGAUGCCCAAGACUCUGACUGAGAUGUACACACACCUUGUGYUGUUUCAUACCAAACAGAAGAAUGAAAAGUAUCUUGAGAAAGAAGAGACAGGUCCACACUGGAAUAAAGAGAGCAUUCUGUCACUGGGAAAACUGGCUUUUCAACAGCUUGUGAAGGGCAAUCUGAUUUUCUAUGAAGAUGCCCGGAAAGAGGCUUGCAUUGAUGUCAAUGAAGCAUCAGUGUACUCAGGAUUGUGCACACAGCUCUUUAAAGAGGAAUGUGGGCUGUACCAGGACAAGGUGUACUGCUUUGUGCAUCUGAGCAUUCAGGAGUUUCUGGCUGCUGUUUAUGUGUUCCUCUCAUUCAUCAACAACAAAGAGAAUCCAAUGGAUGAACCUCAAUCAAUGUUCAGCUACUUUCUGUCGCUGUUCAGAGACAAGCCUGAAGUUACUUUUUACAAGAGUGCUGUAGAUAAAGCCUUACAAAGUGAGACGGGAAACCUGGACCUUUUCCUCCGCUUCCUUCUGGGCCUCUCACUGGAGUCCAAUCAGAAGCACUUACAUGGUCUGCUGACAAAGUCAAGAAACAGCUCACAGAACCAUGAAGAAACAGUCAAGUACAUCAAGGAGAAGAUCAGGGAGAAUCCCUCUCCAGAGAGGAGCAUCAAUCUGUUCCACUGUCUGAAUGAACUGAAUGACCAUUCUCUAGUGGAGGAGAUCCAAAGCUACCUGAGAUCAGGAAGUCUCUCAAAACCCAACCUGUCACCUGCACAGUGGUCAGCUCUGGUCUUUGUGUUGCUGACUUCAGAAAAGGAGCUGGAUGUAUUUGACCUGAAGAAAUACUCCAGAUCAGAGGAAGGUCUUCUGAGGCUGAUGCCAGUGGUUAAAGCCUCCAGAGCUGUUCUGCUGUCAGGCUGUGGAGUCACAGAGGAAGGCUGU